AGAAUUUAUAACCGAUUUCUUUUUUUUUCACAAUUUCCAGGAUUGCUGGAAACGGCACAAAUUCGCCGGGCGGAAGGCGCCUCACGUACGAAGAAUUUAUCCAACUAUCGGAUCCUACUGCCUAAGGAGCUGGUCAGUUCGCAGAAGGACGUGCAGGACUUUACGAAUACGAUGGACCUCAAUAAGCAGCACUACCAGCUCGGUCGGGAAGACCAAGAUCAGGCGUGAAUCGCAGAAGAUAUCGCGGAACAUUUGUCUUCACAGGCGAAUCAUCGACAGUAUCAUCACGAUUCAGCGCUGGUUCCGGUCGAUCCUGUAGCGGAAAGAAUACUGCCAGUACCUCAGUACGGCCUACACGAUUCAAUCGUACUGGCGGGUGUGCCUGAAGGCAAAGUUCCUGACGAAGCUUCGAACGGAAGCGGCUACCAUCAUCAUAGCGCUUGGUGGGGCAGCUACACGAUGCGAAGUUGGUACAAUAAGCUGAAGAGUGGUGUACAGGCGCUAUCCGGGAAACUGCAACGUGCCAAACUACUGUCGACGAAAAGCCUCCCUGCAUCCGAACGCCUUCUAGAGAGCUCGUUCGACGCACCAGACAUUAUCCAGCUCAGGGUGGUCAGUGUCAGUAAAAAGCGACCAGCAUCCAUAAUAGACGGAAUAAGCUUCGAGUCGGCCGUUGACAUAGUAAACAAGAAUCAGGCUCUGCUGAGCGAUAACAGUCUAAGCAGUGCGGAUUUCAUCGACGACGGCGACAAUGAUGACUGUUAUGAUUCGGGUCUAGUAGAUGAGCCAAGUUACGGAGCUUCGUCGGUGUUAAGACGUAAGUUCUUUCUCGGAAAGAAUAUCAGCGCGUGUAGUGGGGAUAGUGGUUUGCCAGAUGGAUACGGUAGCAGUCAACAGCAUGUGAAAUGCUACUCCAUAGGCAGGAUGAUGUGUUGGACCGACCAAUAUAGUAGCAGGAGAUCUAACGUGCGAGCAACAGCCAUUUGA